AUGUUCUCCCUGCUUCGGGGUCAUCAACUCAACCUGAAAAGCCCGGUGAGGGGUCCUCCUUUCCACGCCCGCAGAAGUUACAGCUCAAGGCCGGCGAGCGACAGAGAUGCGCUGCCAGGGGCGGGGACGGAAACGAGGUCUACGGAAGAGGAAGAGGCGGGGCUCGCUCCUAGAGCGUGGCGGCUUCGCCUUCUACGUCACUUCCGUAAACAAGGCGGGCUCCCCCGGCGCGGGGAGCGGGAUGUGAGCCCGGUUCUAGCUGCGGCUGCAGCUGCGGCGACCAUCUCGGAGAUCCCUGAGUCUGGGCAGACGGGGGACUCCGAGCCCCUUAUCCCUCAGGUUGCAACAAGAAGCUGGUCUUGGUGCAACAAGGAGCUUAAAGCAAUGGAAGAGCGGAAAAUGAAGAGGAGGAGUCCAAAGUCUUUCAAUGCCCACUCUACUCAGGUGGUUAAUGCCAAAAAAAGUGCCCUUCCAGUUAGCAAAAGCACGGGGUUUUCAAACCCAGCAACACAGUCAACAUCACAGCGACCAAAGUUAAAAAGAGUGACGAAGGAAAAGAGCAAACCCCAGGCUGGAGAAGGAAAGGGUGUCCCGUCAGCUCCGAUUCAGCACUCCUUCCUCACCGACGUCUCCGAUGUGCAAGAGAUGGAGAGAGGCCUCCUCAGUCUUUUGAAUGAUUUUCAUUCUGGAAAACUUCAAGCAUUUGGAAAUGAAUGUUCCAUUGAACAGAUGGAACAUGUUCGGGGAAUGCAAGAGAAAUUAGCUCGCUUGAAUCUGGAGCUCUAUGGGGAGUUGGAGGAACUUCCUGAGGAAAAGAGAAAAGCAGCCAGUGACGCCAAUCUGGACAGGCUUCUGUCCGAUUUAGAAGAAUUGAAUUCUUCCAUACAGAAACUCCACUUGGCAGAUGCACAAGAUGUUCCCAAUGCUUCUGCCCGCUAAAAAGAAACAUCGCCUGCUUUCUUGUGAUUUGAAGAAAGGAAUGUUCUUUACUUUUCCAGUGGGUGCCAGUAGCAGAUGGCCCUUCUACCACAAGAAAUUAAAGGGAAGUGCAAAUGCGCUGAGUGUUUUCACCUUCUGCUUGUAGUACGCUUGACUUGCUGUAACUCACUAUAACUGGAGGCCGAGGCCUGGGGGA